AUGGCAUCCACUGACGAAGAUCCUCUGUUCAAGAGAAUAGUCAGUACCAUUAGAGCCGCUGCUGCGCUUUCAGCGCAGGAUAUUGACUUCUAUAGAAGCUUGCAUCCUUCGGUAGGUCAAGAAUUAGAUGAUACUUCGGCUACCGUUGUCUCGUUAAUUAACGAACUCUUGUUAUCUGUUGAUGAAAAUAAUAAUGAGCUAAAGCCAGGACGGGACAACUUUGAAGAUUCAUGGAAGGAGCUGAGCAAUGUUAUGGACAACAUCUUUGAGAAAUCAGACCAUGCAUUCGACAGCAUAAAACAUGGAUCAUCCUCAAGGAAUGAAGGUGUUAACAUGCAGUACUUGGCUGACAGUUCUCAUGAUGACUCGACCCCUUCUAAACGUAUCGAGAAGCCGCAAUUGCUGUUCAAAACCCCGGUUGACAAUACAGAGCUGCAUCCCUUCAAACCUCUACUAAAAGAGAAGCCUCAUGCACUGAAGCCUUUAGAAGAAUCAUUAAUGCUUGCACCUGAGGAAGAGAACGUUCCCGCUCACUACCCUCAUCCAUAUGAAUACGAAAUCGAUAAACAACCAUAUAAUGAUUCAGUGUUAGAGGUGCGGGAGCGUAUUGACCCUCAACCAUGGGAAGCUACAGAACCUAUUUGGGUGGACAACGUGGAAUCAUUGUCUCAGAUGCUGGAUGAGCUAAAGGAAGUAAAAGAAUUGGCUGUUGAUUUAGAGCAUCACGACUAUAGAUCUUAUUAUGGUAUUGUAUGCCUAAUGCAGAUCAGUAGCAGGAGCAAGGAUUGGCUUGUCGAUACGAUUGCUCUCCGCGACGAUUUGCAUGUUUUGAAUGUGAUCUUUACAGAUCCCACCGUGGUAAAAGUAUUUCACGGAGCAUUUAUGGAUAUGAUAUGGCUUCAAAGAGAUCUUGGCCUUUACGUUGUUAGCCUUUUUGAUACCUACCAUGCUUCCCGUGCGCUCGGAUUUCCGAAGCAUAGCUUGGCUUAUUUGUUGGAAACUUUCGCCAAGUUUAAGACAUCUAAAAAGUACCAAUUAGCCGAUUGGAGAGUUAGGCCCCUGCCAAAACCACUUAGAGAUUAUGCGAGGUCUGAUACUCACUUCUUGUUAUCAAUAUAUGAUGAUUUAAGGAACGCCUUAGUCAAGGCUGGAAAGCUUGCAGAGGUUUUGAAUGCCUCGAGAAAUGUUGCCAAGAGGAGAUUUGAAUAUACCUCUUUUAGACCUAGGAUACCGGAUUCAAAUGUUUAUUCGCCUAUAGAAAGUACAGAGCCAUGGAGGAAGUUGAUGUAUCAGUACAAUCUGCCGCCAUCGAAGGAGCCCUUACUCAAGAAACUAUAUGAGUGGAGAGACACAGUUGCGAGAAGAGAUGACGAAUCAGUUAGAUAUGUCAUGCCUAAUCAACUCCUAGUAUCUCUUGUAUCAUUAUCACCCUCUGAAACCGCAGGUGUCCUAUCAGUAAGCACAUAUGUGACAGAUUAUGUCAGGUCUAAUGCUAGGACUCUGGCGAACCUGAUAAAAAGAACAUUGGAAACAAUAAAGGCGGGUACUGCCUCCGUGGCUGAAUUCUCCUCUUCUGAGCGUGCGCUUUCAAACCCAGCUGCGACACUCUCUUUGCACAUGAUACAAAACCUGGACGAUCAUUUCCGUUCGCUGCUAAUGGAAGCCCAGAAGCAAUCUGGUUCAAUUUGUUCGCAACAUUCUUCUUCUCUCCUAUUCAAUAGCGAUCUCGCAACAGGUCCAAGUGCUGUAGAGUACACUAAUGGCCAGAAACAUGUGAUUGGCGACAAUGUACUACAAACUAGAAAGCAUGCGUUGCUACAGAAAUUUACGUCACAACCUGUUGAACCAGUCACCGAUAUUGAAGCACCUAGUCACCAGUCUUCUUCUGAAAACCCACAGGUCUCAGAGGAUAUAUCGCCAUCCGAACCGCAAGAAAGUCAAAAUGAAGUUCAAAAGGAUGAACCAGAUUUUGAAAAAAGUGAGAUCGUGGUCUUGAGGAAGAAGAAGAAGGCUCACGCGCAGAAACCCAAGGGAACUUCGUCAAGCCCCACUGAAACGGUCGAUUACUCCAAUGCAAAGGAAGUUUUGGGCAAAGGUACCUCUUCAACUGCAAAAAGAGGAGAUAAAGAUAGGCCAAGGAAAAGAAAAUUCGAUCCGUAUGGCCAAGAUAAUAAUGCACCAAGUGGUGUAAAGAAGAAAAACAAGCCUUCAAAAGGCAAAAGCAUAUCAUUUAAAUAG